AUGAGGACUGAUGAAGAUCUUGAGGCAAUGUCCUCUCUGUUUAAAAGAGUUACCUUCCAACUAGUUGGCUUUUCUUUGGGCUCUCUCGGCUGGAUUUUAUCCUGUAUUACAACGAGGCACGCAGAGUGGAGGCUGUGGCUUGUGGAUAAUACCACCAUCUUCUCCUCUGGUAUUGCCCAUGUGGGAAUCUGGAAAAUCUGCUUUCCCCCAAAUUUAAAAACCUCCAGUGACUAUGGUAUAGUGUGCUGUCAUGAAUUCAAUUUCAAUGAAAACUUUUUCCCUGUGGAAAUGUUUCUUGCCCAGAUCCUCCUGCUCAUUGCUACUUUCUUGGGAGCAUUAGGAAUAUUUUUCACUUUCUUACCACCCUGGCACUUUUAUAUGGGAACAAUUCGCAAAACUCAGGCUAUCUGCUUGUUUCUAGCUGGAGGGAUCUUGUAUAUAAUUGCAGGUCUCUGUGUCUUAGUCCCAGUGAGCUGGAAUUUCUAUUCAGUAGCAAACAAUAGCAGUAUCCCCUUUCCUCCUUCUUUCCACCUGCCCUCUUUCCCAGUAGCACAGAGAAUUGGGAUUGCUAUUCCUUUGGGGAUCUCAUCUGGCCUCAUGUUGCUAAUAAGUGGGAUCAUUUUCCUCUAUAUCAGAUCUCCUGUGACAUCAAUUAGGGUAAACCCUAUGAACCCAAGAUCUUAA